GCCGCCGGGCAGGAGCUCUUGCGCUUGACCACCGUCAAGCAGGGUUCUCCGUUGUCAAGACCUUUACCAGUAUUGCACUUUCCGCGGUCCAUUAUGCCAGCGUCGGAGAGUGUCGCAGUCUUUUGGGACUAUGAGAACUGUGCAGUGCCAUCCAACGUGUCUGGCAGCAUCAUUGCCAACAACAUACGCCGCAUCGCCCACCAGUAUGGGAGUGUCAAGACGUUCAAAGCGUAUAUGGAGUUGCCCGAGCAGUCAUCGCCGAAGAGUUAUGCUCUGCGUUCUGAGCUGCAGCUUUGCGGGGUUUCCUUGAUCGACUGUCCUCACAACGGCGGUAAAGACGUCGCCGACAAGAUGAUGAUUGUGGACAUGAUGGCCUAUGCCAUCGAUACCCAAGCUCCCGCCACAAUCAUCCUCAUCUCGGGUGAUAGAGACUUCGUAUACGCAGUGUCAGUACUGUGUCUACGACAGUACCGGCUGAUUGUACUGGCGCCACACGCAGCACAUGCGAGCCUCAAAGCGCAGGCUAGCGUAGUCUACUCCUGGCCAGCCGAUGUCGUACCGGAGGCGCCGUCUGCGGACGGCGCGAAAUCGCGAAGUGGCACUAUUGCCGACUACUUCCGUUCGCGGAGCGAACCCACAGCGACGCGCACCAACCGACACAUACCGGCCUCGCCUCCUCUGUCUCCAGCAACCCAGAAGAGACCGAUACCUACGAGUGUGCCGUCAGACUCUGCGCUGUUGCGACCAACGGCGCCGAGCUGGGUGCCAGGGGAGUCCUCAUCACCCACGGCGAGCAACCUCGGAUUGCCGCUGAGCUCUGGCACACCUUCGAGCGAUGUGACGGCGGUUGAUCCAGAAGCAGACGCUCCGGUCAUCCUCCCUUCCUCCACCGAGACAAGGGACUCCUACUUCAAUACGCCAUACCAGCAACCGAGCCCAAGUCCGUCUCCGAAGCGCGAUACCUUGAACGUGCCACCAAAGACCUGGGCCACUCUCGCCGCCUCCGAUGCCGCUCGGUGGGGGCUGAGCGCGGACGCUCCAACGUUCACGAGCAAACUGGGGUCGACGGACGCACUCUCCUCGGCCUUCCCUUCAAGCAGCCCCUCGCCACCCGUCGACCUCACGAAGCGCAGCGUGCCCCCGCCGCUCCGGCCGCUCGUCAAGGUCCUGAAGCAGCGGCUUAAGGAGGGCGUCCCGCAGGUCGCAUACUCCGAGCUGGGGACCUUGCUGCGCCAGGAGUUGCCGACGGUCUACGAGCAGGCCGGCGUGUCCAAGUUGAAGGAGUACUCCUGCUUAGCGGAGGAGGCGGGCGUCGUGAUCAUCACGGAGAACGUGUAUGGCCCCGGAGGCGUCGAUGGACAGCGAUGGGUGUCGCUGCAUCCUCGCCUUCUGAAGGGUGCCGCACAGAGGGCGGCGCAGAGGACCCUGGAUGAAUGCCGCUGUUCUAUCUGCCUCAGGACCUUCAUGACGCGCAAGGGCACUAGCAAAUAGGACACGGAUUGACACGGAGGACAAUGCCGGAUUAUGUAUCACUAUCAUUCACUCUCAGGACAAUGCAUGUUCAUCAUUCCUUUUUUGCUGUGGUCAUCCGCGG